UCUCAUGAACUGCAGCCGCUUCACAACACCGGCGUGACAUUGAAAUUUUCGGCCCGACCGAAGCGUGGAUUCCUCGAGACUUUCACGAAACGUGUUUGGCGCUCCAGGAAGCCCCAGUCCCGAAAGCAUCAUGCUGGAUCAUCUCACGAUACACGUCUCGAACCUGGAGGCAAGCAAGGCCUGGUACGGAGCGGCGCUGAAACCGCUGGGCGUCCGCAUUAUCAAAGAGGUGCCAGAGGGCAAGGCCUGCGGCUUCGGCAGCACGUUCCCCAGCUUUUGGAUCGCAGAGAGCUGCCUCCUGGGCGGAGGCGCCGCGGGAGGAGGGGCUGGUGGCGGCGGCGGUGACGGCAGGCGCCAGGCUCACUUCGCCUUCCAGGCGCCCAGUCGCGCCAAGGUGCGGGAGUUCUAUGCAGCCGCGCUGGCGGCGGGCGGCCAAGGCAACGGCGCCCCCGGCUUCAGGCCGCAGUACCAUCCAAUGUACUACGGAGCCUUCGCACUGGAUCCGGACGGUUAUAACGUGGAGGCUGUGAAGCACAUGCCCGAGGGUCUGGCGGAGUGGUUUGGUCUGGUGGUCCGCAUGCUCCGGGCUGCGCUGCAGCAGCUGCUGGCGGCUGUGCCUGGUCUGGCGCCGCUGCUAGCGCCUGUUGUAAAGCAGGAACCCGCGGCUGCGGCUGCGGCGGAGCCGGAAGCGGCGAAGCCGCCCAAGGGCAGCGGCAAAGCAGAUUAGCGUGCUGGGUCUUGCACGCUGCAGGGAUUGUGUUUGGUAAAGGCAGUGGGAUUGGUGACGGACUUUGCGUCUUUGCCGGUGAGACGCCCUUGUGCAGUAGUUGGUUAGGCCACAGAAUUGAUGCACAUACGGUAUGGAGGCUCUUUUGCUCUUGAGUUGCGAAGUAUUAGAAAUGUCCCAGCACUGCUAGAGUCGAAGGUCAGAAGUCAGAACCUAGUGUGGUACGUGCGCUUCAACGGUCUGUAUGACAUACGCUUUAGACUGCAUGCCGGCCUGCCGGGCAAAGCACCCAGGCGAAGACGCACGCGUGCCACAGAUGAUUGGCGUAUUAUAGCCUGCAUGGCGCAUGAUGUGCACGGUACGGAAUAUUCCUUGAUGGCUCAUGUGCAAAUCAUAGCAUUGGGAUUUAGGAAGGGUCAUAGGUGGUAACCAGCAGGGGAGGGGGAUUUGAGGAUUUCUUGUCCCAGAGAGAGGGCCGUUUCUCUCUUUCUCGUCGACUCGUCGUCGCUGAAUCAACGCUGCCACAGUGGCUUACAAAAAGACGUCUGAAAUAUGGUAAUUGCACGCCUCAACGCCAUCCAUACGGAGAUGGCCUAUCUUGACUUGGGUGCUGGGCACCCUAGCUUGGUCGGACUGCCCCCUUCUUCACUUCUUGUAAUGUCGCAUCCAUCCGGGCAGAUCCUGAUCCGUGGCGUCCUUAGCAGCAUCUGUGUGUGCGUGGUACCAUUGUCCUGGCAUUCCCGCGCCCCCCAACUUCAUGCGUUGCAUCUCUGGGUAGCCGUUGUAAGCACCCAUGCAACGUUGCCUUUGCCAGUGGCCAAACGCCCAGUGCCACCCAACACACAUCCCAAACCGCACGCCGCACACCGCCCUCUAAGCAGGUCGUCCCCCCAUCCCUCCGUUCUCUGUGAACGGCUCACCCCCUUCUGUAACUGGUCAUAAAU